CGGCAUGUUUACGUACAACCGUUAGCGCUAGCACUAGCUUGCUAGGCUACAUAAUGUUUUUGUUGCCUACUCGCGAGCCGUAUCGUAUUAAAAGUACGUGAACCUACCUCAAGCAAGCCUUAAAUGAACGUCCUCUCCUGUCCUGAGCACCGGUGACCACCAACACACGUUUUCCCCAUUUUGUCCUUAGAAUACAGUCGGCGCAAUCCAGUCUUGUUGUCGUCGCAACGGUAACUAGUGUAUCUGGUCGCAUUUGAGUUGGCAAGUUAAAGCCCAAUGAUCGUAAAAAACGGGAUGCGGUGGUAUUGGAAUACCAGAUUUUAUUACAGUCGUCUGACAUAGUGCAAUCGUGAAAGAGCAAAUUUGUCUUGUCGUCUGAUCCCAGGUAUUACGUGUUGUCUGUCUCAGACAUGUUGGCUGUCCCACACAGCCGGCAUGUUUUAUUUUUUAUUUUUUUUUAAUAACUUUAUUGGCCGUCAGUAUUUUACAGUACUGCGUCAAAAUACACGGCUAGGCUAAAAAUAAACUAGCUUUUGGAUUCAAAUGUACUGUGCACGAUGGCAAUGCGGAGUCAAUGUCUUUUGCGGAUCAACCGAUCAGCAUAAAAUGCUAAUUAUCGGCCGAUAAAAUCGGUGUAAAGUCCAUAAUUAAUGUAUUCACUUUUUGUGAUAUUUUUGUUUGUUGGUGUGCUGUGAGAUUUUUCAAUUGUAAAAUAUGUGCCUUGGCUCCAUUAAAAAUCACUGAUCUAGUCCCAAAAAAUGUUGUAACGUCUCCCUUAUGGAAGUGAUUUCCAUCACGGUGAGCAAAGAUGAUAACUGCAGGACAGGUAGUCUUCUUCUGACGUCAGAUUUUUAAAUGCUGAGCUUCAAUUCAAAAUAUUCCACACACAACAAUCCAUAAUGACAUGGAUAUAUAUAUUUUUUAAAUUGACCAUCCUAUCUAUAGAGAUCUCAAAAUGGCUAUGCACUCAAAACUCUCCACCUAACCUGAUGGCGCUUGAAAAGACUAACAUAUCACAACAGUACGUCUACAAUCCCCAAAGCAAGGUAUUGAUGUUAGCUUAUUUAAUAUAGCCUACCAACAAAAGUUAGAACAUACUGUAAUGCCCCCACAAGUAGUAGAGGAUGGACACAGCCACCGGUGCAAUUUCAAUCACUUUAUUGAACAAAUGGUAACAAAGUAAACCUGUAAUAGGCACAUUCAUACCCUGUAUAUGAGCUUCUUCUGCCACAACUGAUGCCCAGGCAUUUACCAUCCAGACUGGCUAACAGUUAGCCAGUUAACAGCCAGCUGCUAACAUAAGCUCACAACAGCCAACUCUACACUCUUAUUCGCUGACUCCCACGUCACUGGCCCUACCUUUUAAAGCCACACACACUCAAAGUCUUAAAUAUUAUACUGUGGAAUGUGAGGAUGGUGACCUCAAGUGGACAACAAUGUUACAUUGUUGUUCAAUAAUGCAAAAUACAUUUUUGUCCAAUUAAUCAAUAGACUAAUCUGUAGAAUAAUCGAUUCUAAAAAUAUUCAAUAGCUGCUGCCCUUGUAGAACACUUUUGGCAUCAUAUUAAAAAGUACUUGAGGCUAUAUUGAUAAGUAUGGGCAAAGGCUGUGAAUAAUUUUUAAUUGUUUUAAUUGUCAGUAAAGUUGUAAAUAUCCCCCCAAAAUGUUUUUCAUGUCGUCAUUAUUAGGUGUUGUGUGUCAAAUUCUGAGUGAAAAAAUAUUAAUGAUCAUAAUAUCUAUUUCGACAAAAGCUGUUGUUUAGACAGACAUCUGGGAACUCUUUUAAAUUGUGACAAUGUCCCCUUUGAACUUGACAUUGGGUUUUGGGAUUGCCCUAGCCUAUUUGUUUAAAGGAAUGUAACCUUGGCAUUACACCACUGAAGGUGCUUAAGGCGGCCCUUUUUAAAAAUAAUUUUGAUGAGGAUCUAAACCAGAACUGAGACUGGACCGCCACCUGUUUUAAAACCUCUCCUGCGGAUCUACAAAAUGCUCCACCGAGCUACGACGUCUAACAGCAACAGCAGUGGCGGACCGGACCGAAUGGAUGCUUUGUGGAGUUUAAGACCCUUCUAAAGCCCCACCCCAAACAAAAAAUAAAAAUAAAGCUCAAGGUUUGGCCGUCAUGGACCUGAGUGGAGUUAUGUGGGCCUGCUGAGAAAGGAGCGCUUGGAUUUUGCGUGAGCUCCACUCCUGCUUUUUUUUUUUUUUUUUUUUUACCACCCCCCUCUUUUCUGCUUCGUAUUAUCAGCGCGGAACCUCCGGGGCCCAACUGAGCCACUUGAACAGAACCGAUGCACAGGCCCGGAAUCAGGCAUGUUGUUUUUAUAACCUGAUGACCAGCAGAGCGGACAUGCCACGCAAAAGAUGCCACCCGGCACCCCAGCCUCGCACUACCGCCGCUCCCCGCCGAGGAGUCUCCAGUCACACGCAGACUCUAAACGGAUCACCACCAUAAACUAUCUUCAACAAAACACGGACAUUUGCUUUGCCAUGCCAACGCUAAGUGAAUCACGGCUGACUGGCCCUUCAAAGCGGAGACCCAAGGAUGCCGAGUUUGCCCCCGGGCGCUAAAUUAACUCCCUGCCAGUUGAAGGAUUGCAACAAUAAAGGCGCCUCUACCCUGCUAAGUAAUGCCACUUGGGAGUUGGAACAGGCAACGAAGACACCCACGGGCGACGCAACGACACUACAGACAUGGUUUCAUAAGACAGUCUGUGACUCGUUAAUAUUGUAAGAACUUUACAUGAACGCCACUAGUGACUGUAUUGCUGCAAGCUUGAAUGUCUAACGUCGAAUAUGUUGUUAACUGAACCAGAUGUAAUGUUCUCCACACCACAAAAAAAUUGAAACAUUCAUUACAGGUAUGAAAGAUGAUGAGCGUGGAACAAUGCAGGGUGAGGAGAUGGUCUCGUUAUCUUAAAUCCAAUAAUUAAUAUUUUAUUCCACUGGUUUAAAAUCACAAAAUAAUCCUAAAAUGGAAAAAUAACGCGAAAGGGUAGUUCAGCCCCUCGGUGUUCGCGAAGGUGGUAGAAAAGGAGGUGGGGGGUAAACCCCCCUUGUUGACCCGCUCCGGGCAUAAAAGGGGCCGGAGCUGGGAUUUAAAAAAAAAAAAAAAAAAAAAAAAAAAAAAAAAGGCUUUUGGGAGUUUUGGUGGAGAAGUUUUCCUUUGGUCUCACCUCGACCACCUUGCCGACGACUGGGCCAGGCAGGACGCCCACCUCACCCGAGGUGGCAAGGACACAUUGGAUGAUCCCCGGCUGCAGCUUCCUGCAAGCGCUCCGAGCCACCCUGUUUGGGGGCCCGAACUCAGUCCGAGGGGACGGAGGCGGACGCAAUGCGCCCGCUCCAAACGUCUAGCAAAAAGAGACACCUGAGAGACGUCCUGCCUGGGAACCCGUUGGCCUCCUGCUUUUCUUCCUUGUUCCCUUCCGUCGAAUCCACCUUUUCCCGGUACGGACCGGACCGGCCGAACACUCGGGAGCCUGACUCGCCUGCCUCAAACGUGUUCCAGACAUCGAUGGUGAGGAAGAAGAAUCCCCCUAUCCGCAGUGUGGGAGGUGAGGAAGAGGAGGAGGAAGAGGGGAGGAGGCCAGCGGGCGAGGAGGAGGAGGACGGCGAGGAGGAUGAGGGGCGUGUAGGAGCCGAGGCCGACCGAAUAAGCCGCCCCUCCGAGCCUGAGGAGCGAGUCCGGGCUGAUGAGGAGCCCGACGAGGAGGAGGAGGAGGAGGAAGGAGAAAGUGAGUGCAUUUCCUCGUCUCUCUCGCCCUCAUCUGUCGGCAACGAGGAGCGAGGCGGGAGGAGGGGAGGAGGAGGUGGUGGAGGUAGGCCUUCACGAGGAGGAUUGAAAGCGGCCGAGUCAGAUCCCGCAGACAAGGCGGGAAAAGUCGUGCCCCUCGCGCCGGACGCAGGCAGGGAGGAGUCGGUCCCGGACACGCCGCCGCUCUCCUCCAGCCCCUCCCCCAAGCUGCAGGACUUCAAGUGCAACGUGUGCGGUUACGGUUACUACGGCAACGACCCCGCCGACCUGGUGAAGCACUUUAGGAAGUAUCACCUAGGACUGCACAACCGCACACGGCAGGACGCUGCCCUCGACACACACAUCCUGGCUCUCCACAACAUGGCGCCCCCGCACACACCUCUAGUCAUGCAGGCAGGAGAAGGGCCCAGGAACCAAGCCAAAGAGUCCGGCAAGAGCAGGCCGGAGCUCCACCAUCAGCAACACAGGACAGUGAUGAUGAAUGGCACAUAUGACAUCCAGGUUACAUUGAGUGGCGCACUUAUCGGAAUCGGCCGCAAGACCUCUGAUUGCCAGGGCAACACAAAGUACUUCCGCUGCAAAUUCUGCAACUUCACCUACAUGGGCAGCAGUUCAGUAGAACUGGAGCAGCACUUCCUGUCCUUGCAUCCCAACAAAGCCAAGACCCCGCCGGCCACGCUCCUUCUGACCAAUGACAGCCAGGGCAAAGGGAGGAGUCAGAUACUGGAAGGGGCGGAGCGAGUGUCUGUUCGAGCGGAGGAUGACUCCUUAGUAGGGUAUUCCAUCCCCAUCCGGGCGGAUUCAUCGGGCUGGCCGGUGGAGGGUGCGCGGGCGUACUACUGGUGCAAGUUCUGCAGUUGGAGCUGCGAGUGGUCGGGAGGCUCGACCAAGCUUUUGGAACACCAUGAGCAGCGGCACAGGAUGAACACGACGAGCCCUAAUGACACCAGAAGGGAAGGCGAAAGAGAACACGUGUUGUCCAAAAGUCGCAAGGAUCUGUCAUCCAGUGGUAACCAAGGCGAUCCGAACAAUGGCGACACUGAGGCCGUGGUUACCAGCUACAACUGCCAGCUGUGCGACUUCCGAUACUCCAUGGCACACGCCGCUGACGUGAUCGUGGUGGCGCCGUUGCUGCUGCACUACCAGCACAACCACUCCAUCCACCGAUGCUGCAUCCAGCACUGCAUGUACUGUCCGCAGGGCCUAUGUCAGCCACACAAACACUUAGGAGAGGUGUCCCACCCUUUUGCGUGCCGGAAGCCCACCUGUCCAAAAUGUUGUGCCAAAUUCCCCCCGUCCGCCAAACAGCAAGACACAGGCGGGUCGACGACUCCUCCUCAUCCCAGAAGCGACCCUAGUGUGACAUCUGCUUCGACCGUUCACCCCUCGAAUCCUGUUGCCUCACAAGGCGUCACCCACCUGUGCGACCAGUGCGCCUUUGCCACCGCCGACAUCGACGUGCUGCUGCAGCACUACGACAGCUGCCACAGCCUGAUCAACCUGAAGGGUGCGCCGGCGCAUGUCAAGGCCGAAGAACAGGAGGGCGGCGGCAGCGGACCGGACAGGGAGAUGGGGCGGGAGUACUCGUGCACCAAGUGCCACUUCAUCACCGAGGUGGAGGAGGAGAUCUUCAGACACUACAGGCGUGUCCACGCGUGCUGUCGCUGUCGCCACUGUGACUUCACGGCUCCCGAUUCGUCGGCGCUCCUCGACCAUUUCAACUCGGCCCACUGUCACGAUGCCACGCUGUCCUCACUGACGCCCUCCCUGACGCCGUCGGCCAACGGCUGCUCGGCGCCCUCCACCUUGGCCAUCAAGGAGGAGAGCAAGGGGGAUCUUCGCCUCCUCUACUCACUGGCGCCCCCUGAGGGACGCCUGGCCGAGGGGGGCCGCGAGGAGAUUGUCAAGAGCGAGGGCAGCGAGGAGAAGGAGAGAGAGCGCGAGAAAGGCUGGGUCCUCGGGGAGACAAGAGCCGGCGAGCAGGCCCACGGUCUCCUGUGGGUGCCCAAGGAACGCAUGGGACCCGAAUCCACCCUGUUCCCCUCACCUCUGUCCGUGGCGUUCGUUUCCACGAACCACGAGACCUCGCAGCAGAAGCGGGUUGGUGGUGUGGCCUCACCCAGCAUGGUCUACCUAGGAGAUACCAAGUCCUUUUUGGGAGAUGCCAAGCUGUACGGAGGAGGGGGGCGGCCGGGCGGAGGAGGAGCCGCCCCCAGCGGAGGGGAGAAAAUGAGCCAGAUGCCGUCUCAGCAAUACACAGGCAGUGGAGGGAGUGGAGGGGUUCAGGAGGUGAAAGGAGGAGCUGCUAAAGAAGAGUCCCAGUCGCUGCUACGGCGGCGAAGAGGCAGCGGGGUCUUUUGCGCCAACUGUCUGACCACCAAGACGUCGCUGUGGAGGAAGAACGCCAACGGCGGCUACGUCUGCAACGCCUGCGGCCUCUAUCAGAAGCUGCACUCGACGCCCAGACCUCUGAACAUCAUCAAGCAGAACAACGGCGAACAAAUCAUCCGCCGGCGCACCCGCAAACGCCUCAACCCGGACACGCUGCCGCCCGACAACCCCGCCCCAAAGCAACAGCGCGCCACCGGCGAGGAGCGCAUCAACGGCGACGAGUCAGACAGGAGCUGCGCGUCGGUCAAGAGCCAGCAGCAGCCCUCGCCGCGCUCACGCUCGCCGCGCUCUACGCAGGCCUUCCUGGCUAACCAGACCCUGGAGAUCCACCGCCGUAUGCCGCCGCUGUUGCUCCCGUCGCACCCCGCCUCCUCAGAGGUGGCGGAGGUGCUGGCCAAAGUCGAAGCGGGGAAAGUCUGCUCCGGCGGCAGCUCGGAAAGAGGCAGUCCUAUCGAGAAGUACAUGCGGCCAUCCAAACCCUCCAGUUACUCUCCUCCGGGCUCGCCAAUAGAGAAGUACCAGUACCCCUUGUUCCCUGUGCCUCUUCCCCUCACGCUCUCGCCUGACUUGACGCCCGAGUCCGACUGGCUGCGCUUCUGGACCAAGUACAAGAUGGCCGCCGCCGCCUCCGGCAUGAGCAACCUGGGGAGCGCGGCGGGUCUGGCCAACAAUGCGCACUACCUGGGGGCCAUGGUGGCCCCGGUGCAGCAGCACCACCCGCAGAGCUACGCGGUGCCUUACUGCGCCUCACCAUACUCGCCGCUCCCGCCGCCGCCUGCCCCGGCCCAGUACCCGCCCCCGCCUCUCCACCCUCAAAACUCAUCGUCGUCCAUGGAGAGCGACGCGCCCUUGGACCUCGCCAUACGGCAACGGGACGCCACCGAUGGCGCGGAAAAGAGGAAGUGGGAGUCGCCGUCAUCCGAAAACGGGAAAGGUGAGGACGAGGAAGGUGUCACCCGGCGGGAGGCGGAAGACAGCAAGUCGUCCGCCCGCACCUCCGCGGACGUCGCCACGCAGGACGAGCCAAGCAACCGCUGCCUGCACUGCGCCAUCUACUUCCUGGACGAGGUCAUGUACGCUCUGCACCUGAGUUGCCACGGCGACCAGGGACCCUUCCAGUGCGGCUUCUGCCUGCACGUUUGCGCCGACCGCUACGACUUUACCACACACAUACAGCGCGGCUUACACUGCUCCGUGGACAAAAAGACGCUGGCGACGGAUCAGAAUGACGCCACCGUGGCGCCGGAGCAUCUGGAUUUGGAGCCGGGACAUCGAGCUUCGGAGCCAGAGCAUCCGGAUUUAACGGCCAAGAAUUUGGAUUUGACGCUGGAGCAUCUGGAUUUGACACCAGAUUUGACCACAGGGGAAAAGGAUGAAAGCGGUGACGGUGCAAAAGACGACGAUUCCCUCAAUGACGCCACAGAUGGAAGUGAGGAAGGCAGCAAGAUGGCGUCCGACGGCGGCGAUGAGCCUGACGAGGAGAACACGGAGGCUCAUUGAUAACCCUUGGGAACAUUGGCGCACGCUCCCGAAGGUGAGCCAGAGCGCACAACGGAGUUUAAAAAAAAAACAAUAAGAACAAAUGCAUCCCAAUGCUGGAAUAAAAAUUCCCCUGCGAAGAGCUGCAGGGACGGGAGAAAACUUGCAGGCAACCAGAACCAUUUUUGAUGGUAUCAGAGCUGCUUCGCAGCUGUUACAGCGGUACAACUGGCACACAUUCUGACUCUGCUGUGGAAAAACCAAAUCUGAUUUGGACUUGGUAGAAAUGCGGUGUCAAAGUGGAUCAGCGCGUCUUCUGCUGUUGGGCUUAAAAAACGGACUUCAAAUAAAUCUGCCUGGCAAGACUAUUUGAUUCGGUGUGGACGUGGCUGCCUGAAACCAGUCGAAACUGGUGUAAAACCCGGAACCGAAGUGUUCUCCGUGUCCCGUGUGGUCAGAACCAAGUGACUUUAUUUUCUACCUUCCUCCGUGCCAUGAUACUAGCUACGUGCCUGGCUGCCUUUGCCUGCCUGAUAAUAGAACAAAACAACAAUCUAUUAACCGCUUAACCAUUUGUAUCCAAUAAUAAUAAUAAUAAUGAUACUAAUAAUAAUGUUCUAGUACAAAAACAUGCAAUUUCAUACACUUUUCUUACAUGAUAUAUUAUUUUGUAAGGGCAAAUGUUUUUUUUCAGGACUUGGUACUACAAAAUUAGUGUUUGUUUUUGUUGUUAUGGAAAUGGUACAUGGAACAUUGUGUGUAUGAGAGUGUGUUUUUUGUCUGUGUGCGUGUGUGAGGGUCAAGGGCGCGUCCGUCCCCGAUCUUGGAUGUAAACAAAAUUAAGGUUUGCUAUUUCAGUCCUCAGGGGUCACGCGUGUUGCACACCAGCCCGCCUGCUUUUUAUUUUCAUUUGAUUGUUGUUAUGACUAUUUUUGAACAUGUACAUUAUGUAGCUGUCGUCAUUAUGUUCUCACGUAUAGGGGGUCCUCGAUUUACAACGGACUUCCAAUCUUACGGCGAUGAAGUAACCCGAACUUUUUUUUCGCAGAUUAGGACUUCAGUCAAGUACAAUUAACUUUUUCUUGUCAAAUUAUGACUUUAUUCACAUGCAAUUAGAAACUUUUCUCUCACAAUAGUCCAAUUUUAUUCAGAUGAAAAGACACCUUUAUUUGUGGAAAACUGCUAUUCUUCUGUCGUGAAAUUUACUUUACGAUUCUAAAAUCUUUCUAAAAAUGUUACUUUACCUCUAGAACCAUGUAAACGCGUGACUUUCAUAAAAUUAGAGCUUUUGGCAUUUUACACCAUUUUCUUUCUAAUUGGAAUCUGAUAUAGUCUAUCACUAGGGAUGCUAUCGCAGUUGUGAAGUCAUAAUUACAGUCAAUAUUUGUAGGAAAAACAAUUAAAUAUAAAACAGUCAAAUGGAAAAACAGUAAAUCUGAUUUAUUCUUACACUAUCUGUAACCUCUUCAUGUAUCGGGACCAUCGUAAACCAGGGACCCCCACAUAGUCCAUGUUCUCUCUGUUUUUUUUAGGUCAACUUUAAGUGUUUAACGUUUGGGUUAUAAUCAGUAGUCAAUGUGCUACAGGUUACCUCCUCAGUAGUAUUACUGAUGCAUUUUGUAGUGCAAUCACUUCCCCCCCAUUCCCACCUGCUUUAUUUUUUCUGGCAUCUAUUAGAUGUGUCUCAGUUAUUUAUCAUCAGAAUAUUUUUCUACUUCUCAACUGUUUACAUUCAGAGUUGUGACAUAACCAGGUUGGGGAAAAAGAAAAACUUUACCUGCCUUGCUGCCUUAGUGACAAAAAAAAACAAAAAAACAAAAAAAAACACCAUAAGACUAAAAUGAAGGAAAUAGAAGCCUUGGAAUGAUAUUUUUAUAUCCCUGAAUGAAAUCCCGCCUAGUGCCUGCUCACACUUUUUUCUACUCAACGUUUGUGUCUUUGACUGGAUUUACGCCACAGGUCCAAGUGCCCAAUUCCGAUUGAAUGCCAAAAUCCACGCACAUUUUAAGUGACGCAUAGCCAAUAUGGCUGCGUUGAUAUUCACUGAACACAUGAAUCAACCCGUAGACGCCAAAAUUGCACAUCGAUAAGUCCACAUAACACGGAAGUAAACAAUACAUAAAUGAUACAAAUAUUAAACACUGCAUCGUGUUUAGUCGCCGUGGCCUGACUCUUCUCCCCCAUUGAUUUAAAUGAGGGGAACAGAAUAUUUUGCUUAUUUGGUGAUGGACACCCCUCCAAUGUAGCACCUUUCGACCAUAUUGUGUUAAAUGUAGUUUAGAUUGGCAUUUCCCCCCCACCCCCCCACCCACCCAUCUGGGUUCUAUGAUGGCCAUUUGUGUCCACCACGCUUCUUUUUAAUGCACCAUUUUAGCUGUGUUAUCGCAAAUGUAAUGACGCUUUCCAAGGUUGGGGAAUUUUGUCUGAUUUGAUUAUUUUCAACAUCAGCUCUUUAAAUGUUAAUAAUGUACUGUUUACAUCAAAUUGUACUUUCAGUUCUUUAAAUAUGUUAAUAAUAUACUGUUUACAUCAAAUUGAACCUUUUGCCUCUAUCGUGGCCACUUUUGCCCGACUGAAAACCAUGAAAACUUAAAUUCUUGAAAUCCUUAUUUAUUGGAUUGAAUCAUGUAAUUUAGACAAUGUUAGUUUAAUUCUAGACUCAAUACUUGAAAAUGUUUGUUUUUUGUGUUGUCUACCAGGUUACAUAAUUUAUCCAGUUUUGGGACAAUUUCAUGUAAUAUUCUUAGUUUUCAAAAAAGAGGCGUUUAAUGGCUUACUGCACUCCAACGGAGCAAAUUAAUAAUGCAAUUUUGAUUGAAGAAAUGGAAGCGCCCUCUGCUGGUUGUAGAAAGAUAUACUAUUAGGAGUAUGAGGAAAAUAAGGUGGUGCUGCACUUUGAGGUGGUUGUACAAGCUGUACAUUGUGCAGACAAACUGGAAUUUGAAUGGUUAUAAAAAAAUAAUUGAAUGCAUAUUUUAUAAUAAUGACAAGAACAAAUGGGAGAAAAAACUAUGCAGUAAAAGAAGCAAACACAUUUAAAUGUUGAAAUUACUGACUGUCUUUAUGUGGCCAAAAAUGGCCACAAACAAGAUGAAGAUGAAAGGAUCAUAAAAUUGAACAAGGCCCAAGGGUGAAUGUUUUUCUUGGGAAGAAGACUGAUCUGUAUAUUAGCAUGAUUCAGACUGACGAGGUAGCUGCACAUUUACACUGCACUCGCAUUAUCAGAUGGAUUUCUAUUCUGAUCUGAAGGUAUCAGAGUCCCUGUUUUGCUGCCAUGACUCGGUUCCCAACUGAGCAAAAAAUUCCAAAAUGUGUCACUUGAACCAUGAAGCGUAAAUCCAGCCUUUGCCUCAAAAAGGUAUGUCAACAAAAAGAAAUGCUAACCCACCCGAUUUUAAGGAAUAUAACCAUCUUUCUGUGGGGGCAUUAUAUUUUCAUAUUCCAAAGGAUCAAGUAGACUUUGUUUUCAGAAAUCAGCAGGGUUGAUUUUCUGAUCAUUCUUAUCUGGUCUUAUUUUCACCUCAUUAGCCAUGAUCGCAAACAAAUGCUAGAGCCCUGAAAAAGAUGUCGUGGCCAAGUAUCCAUUUUAGCACAGUGCCCACAUGCUGAUCAUGGUGGAGGCGCAGCCAGGAUGGCACCCAUGUAUUAGUCAAUCACACCUAAGCAGUCGUGAAGCCGACAUCUGCUCAGCAAAAACAGAUUUUGUUUGCUCAGCUGGAAGCCGAACGUGGUGAUUACACACAUUUAGCUGGUCACCACAAUUUAGCAGGAAAUUGUACAAAAAAUAAAACAAAUCGUUGCAACAUUUAUCAUAAACGCAGUAGAAAACAAUAUUCCAAUUUUCAAAUAUUGAAAACAUGCCUUACAUGCUUAUUGUUGGCAAAAUUGUUUAACAAUCAAUUUAAAAACUUGAGGCCUUUAUGAAAUUUCGAGUCCAAGAGAAGGUUCUGAUGCCAAAAUAAUUCAUCACAAAUACAAAUCCAUCCAUAUUUCCUUUAACUUGCUGUUAGCAGGUUUAGAAAAAUGUUUUUCUCAAUUUUUCCUCAAUCCGCUGCACCUCCACGGAAAUCUUCUAGUGCCCCACUAGGCUAAGUGCGGCUCACGUAGGAUAUUUUUUAUAAAAAAGGGAAAAUUCCUCCUUUCAGUCUUGAUUCACUGAUUGAAAAUUGAGAAAAUUCCCACUCUCACCCCGUUGAGAAGUUUCAUGAAAUUGGCACUAGUCGUGGAAAAGUCUACAACUUUACCAUCGUUCUACUAGUGCGCUGAAUUGUUUUACUAGUGAGCACAAAGAGUGUACUAGUAGAUGGACCUUAAGCUGCAUAUCAAGGAUAUCAAAUAAAUACUCAAACAGCUUUCCAUGUGAAUGUGUUACUUUUUGCAUGAAAUCCUACUAAAUUGUAAAUACACCCGGUCAAGGUCGCACUUCGUUAGCUGCUUGAAAGUCACAUGGUCUAAAAAAAAUAGCUCAAAUCCAAAGUUCGCCUUUAAUUUUGCAAAAAAAAAAAAAAAGAAAGAAAAAAAAAUCCUGCCAUGUAAGAAUGACAAUAAUUUCAACUGUGGAAAGUGAAUGUGUAGCUUUUUUUUUUUUUUUUCUGCAGGCGGUCAAAAUGGUCAUGUUUACAGUGCCGUGAAAAAGUAUUUACCCCCUCUCAAAUUCAAAAUUAUUUUGCAUAUUUUCCCCACUUUAAGAUCAUCAAACAAAUGUACAUAUUAGACAAAGAAAUCCCAAAUAAACAUAACAUACAGAUUUUAAAUUGUGAUUUUAUUUAUGAAGGGUUCCCUGGACCUGUGUGAAACAGUAAUUACCCCCCUUGUUAAAUCAUGAAUUAACUGUGGCUAAAUCACAUUUAAUUAAAAACUGUGUUCAUUUUCACUGACUGAACCCAAGCCUGAUUACUUCCAGACCUAUUCAAUCAAGAAAUGACAAAAUGAAGGCGGCCAAAAGAGCUCAAAAAGCUGCAAGAAAAUGCCACGAUCCAAAGAAAUUUAACAGAUGAGAAAUGAAGUAAUUUACAUCUAUUAGUCUGGAAAUGCUUACAAAGCCAUUUCUGAAGCUUUAGGACUUCAACAAACCACGGUGAGUGCCAUUAUCAACAAAAUGGAGAAAAACAUGGAACAGUGGCGAACCUUCCCAGGAGUGGCCAGCCUACAAAAAUUACCCAAAGAGCACAGCGACGACUCAUCCAGGAGGUCACAAAGGAACCUAGGACAACAUCUGAAGAACUGCAGGUCUUCCCUGUCGCAGUUAAGGUCAGUGUUCAUGACUCAAUAAGGAAGAGACUGGGCAAAAAUGGCAUCCAUGGCAAGAGUUCCAAGGCGCAAAACCCACUGCUGACCAAAAAGAACACAAAGGCUCAUCUGCAAAAAAAAAUCAAAAAUCUGAUUCCCAAGACUUUUGGCAGAAUAUUCUAUCGACUGACGAGACAAAAGUGGAACUUUUUGAGGGCGUGCGUCUCGUUAGAUAUAGUGUAAAUGUAACACAGCAUUUCAGAAAAAGAACCUAAGUCAAUUGUGGUAGUGUGAUGAUCUGGGGCUGCUUAGUAAAUGUAGGACCUGGGAUGACCUGCUGUGAUUGAUGGAACACUGAAUUGAAUUGUGCCCUUUACCAGAAAAUCCUGAAGGAGAAUGUUCGGCCAUCAAUUCGAGACUUCAAGCUGAAGCACACUUGGGUUCUUGCAGCAGGACAAAGAUUCAAAACACACUUGCAAGUCAACUUCUGAAUGGCUUAAAAAAUGAAGGUUUCGGAGUGGCCAGGUCAAAGUUCAGACUUGAAGCCGAUGAAAAGGCUGUGGCAUGACCUUAAAAAGGGUGUUCAUGCUUGUUGCUGAAUUAAAAUGACUGCAGGGAAGAGUGGGCCAACAUAUUGCCAGUUAUUCAAAGUGCUUGAUUUCAGUUGUUGCUGCUGAGGGUGGCCAAAGCAGUCAGUAGGAUGAGGGGGCCAAUACUUUUUCACACAGGGCCAGGUCGCUUUUUCCUUCAUAAAUAAGAUCAGCUUUAAAAACAGCAUUUUAUGUUUAUUUGGGUUAUCCUUGUCUGACAUUUACAUUUCAUUGAUGAUCUUUAUCAGUAAAGUGGAGAAACGAUGCAACAAAAAAAUAAGAAUUUGAGAAGGGGGCGAAUACUUACUUACAGAACAGUACGUUUUGAAAAUGUAGCAAAGAAAUGAAGUGACAGGGAAAGACUGGAGGGCUUCUUUUAGGGCACAACAGUCCGACAGUGCUGUUGGUCUCUGACUCUGCCCACUUUGGUCCGUAAAGGAACCCGUUGGGAGACGCGUCCAAGUACAAACAACUGGAAUGAGUCGCAAAACUUUCGUGCGGGAACGGUUUCGAACCACCACCAGAUUUUGUCGUUUUCGUACAUUUUUUUCAGUCCACGUCGAUAAAAUUCACAUGGAUGGCAUUUCACAUCAACGUUUACAUUUAGGCCCUUGAGUGCGUUAGCUUUGUAUGCCCAUACAAAAGGUUGCGAUUUCACUUUUCAUUUCGUCGCGAAGGGACGACACAAACGUAGCUUAGCAUGCAGCCAACGGUACGAUCAUGUCAAGAAGGGAGCUUAAAAAAGGCCAGUUUGGUCGGAACCAUGCAUGGGCAAAUGUACGUUUAAUCAACUUUUUUGUUUUUUGGUAGAAUCUUUGUGUAUUCCUUUUUUAAAUAUAAAAUGGAAUAGUUUUUUUUU